CACACGGCCUGCGCAGCACCACACCAAGGACGCGACACGCCGUAAGACGGAUCCGUGGAAUCCCAAACCGCAUACCUGGUCUUCCAUCCACCGCCACGACACAAACAAUUCCAAGCGCCCUCGUCUUGGCUGCGAGAUGCCUCGUGUUGCCCAAGUGCCACGCGCCGGCGGCGUCAGAAACACCUCUGGCUCUCCAUUCAAGUCUCCCGUAAAGAUUCCUCUCAACGACGAUGCGACAGAAAAGGGCCAACGAAUGAAUUCGCGCAAGGCCCUCCACGAGAAGCAAAUCAACGAGAUCAAGAAAGCGGCCACGCCGCGCAAGGCCAGCAUCAGGCUGGAGGACACCGAGAAUGCGUCGCCAGGCUCCGCCAUGGGCACCCCGCGCGGGAGCCGCGGCGGCGUCGAUGGCGACGAGAACAUCAUGGUUGGCGGCGUGUCCGUCACGCCCAUGAAGCGCGUCCCUAUCCUGGCCAACUUUGAAGAGUGGAUGAAGAUGGCCACGGACAACAAGAUCAACGCGACCAACUCGUGGAACUUCGCCCUCAUCGACUAUUUCCAUGACAUGUCCCUAUUGAAGGAAGGCGACGGGGUUAACUUCCAGAAGGCGAGCUGCACCCUCGAUGGCUGCGUCAAGAUCUACACCAAUCGAGUCGACAGCGUUGCCACCGAGACGGGUAAAUUGCUCAGCGGCCUUGCCGAUAGCAACAGCAAUAAGAAAAAGGACCGCGAUGGUGACGCCGAGGGCGAAGAAAGCGAGGAGGAACUAGAUGAGGAUGGCAACGUCAAGAAGAAACCGAAGAAGAAGACACAACGAUCAUCGGAGGCUACGUUGGCUCCAUCUUUCCAUUCUCUGCAGCUGAAGAAGUUCGAGCUCGAGUUUGCGGUAGACCCGCUGUUCAAGAAGGCGUCAGCGGAUUUCGACGAGGGAGGCGCCAAGGGUUUGCUGCUCAACCACUUGAUGAUCGACUCCCAAGGCCGGAUUGUCUUCGACAGCAGUGACGAUGCGGGUGACGUGAUUACACUUGGCAAGAACAAGGACGACGAUGCGGCGGACGAGGACAUUGAGGACGAGGAUCCCGAUGCUUCGGCCAUGCAGCCAGUGCAGACUCUUGAGGAAAACGCCAGCGUACAACAAGAUGAAGAGGAAGAAAAUGCCGUGCCUAUUGAUCUGGCAUCGCUGCGAUACCGAUUUUUUCCAGAUUUGGCCAUGCUGGACGACCUUGACGUAUGCCCCUCGCUCAAGAAUUUCGAUAUUGGCGAUCCUUCUGGCUCCACCGACAUCCCGUUUCUGAAAGCACCCGAGGACUGGAGGAUGGAUCAAGACAAGGAGAAGACACCUGGCGCGUUUGGAGAUAAGUCAGGCAUGUUCAUCGAUGAGGAAGCACCGGCCGGCUUUGACGACGACGACUUGGGCUUGGGAAGCUUUGACAUUGGCGGCGAUGUGGCCUUUGGUGAAGGCGGAGAAGCCUGGGCCCGUGAGGCGGCUCUUGGUCCUCAAAUGCGGGUAUACGAUGCCGGCAUGGGUGACGGCGGGGAGGGCGAGGGCUUCGACGACAACGGAGAAUACGUCGUUUCCAUGGUCAACCCACAAAACUUUGACAAGAUGCACGAUGACAUUCUUGGGUUCUUCGACCAUGCACUGCAGAAAAACUGGAGCAGCGCAGAACACUGGAGGAUCCGAAAAAUCAAGGACAUCAACAAGCCUAGCAGCGAGACAAGGAAACGGAAAGAAAAGGAGCCGUUCGAAAUUGAUUUCGCCGCGCCGUUGGAGUCUACCAUGGCAGACAUCAUUCACACGCAGGCAUCGAGUAACUCGGCCAUCUCCUUGCCAAAGAAGGACUGGAAGUCCAAGUCCCGAAACCUGCUGCCCGACGACAAGCACUUCAACUCAAAAUCGCUGCUGAGCCUUUUCCUCAAGCCCCGAGCCCGUCUCUCCUGCCGCCGUACAGGGUUUGGUACUCGUGCCGGCAUGGGCAACGCUCAGCAAGACCACCAGCCUGUCGGUGAGAUGGACGAAGCCUUCUGGGCGAAUCAAAAAGGCCCCGAAGAGACGGCUCUUCCAGAAGGCGACUACGAUGCCAACUUCUUCCAAGACGACGGACUGCCAUUCCCCGGCGGGGAUGACCCCGACGACGACGAUUUGGAAUUUGCUGACGCACGAGAGCACCUCUCCCCCGAGGGUGAGCCCGGCAUGACGGAGGCCGUCGGGCUGACGGCGAUGCUUGGUGGCGAGACAUAUCCGUUCACGCAGGCCAUGGGUGGUGCGUUCGGGACAACGCUGGUCACGCAAACGAGAAGAGUCCGGCCCGAAUACGUGCAGUACGCGCGGCGGGCGAAGAAGGUGGACGUGCGUCGGCUCAAGGAGGAGAUUUGGAAGGGCAUGGAAUUUGACAAGCUCGAGAAACCCACAACGUUUGGCACGCCGGAUCAACCAGACGCACCAGCAGACGCGACACUCAAGUUUAGUGAGGUCAUCACUGGACUCCAAUCUGUAUACCCCAAGUCAGUGAUGGAGGAUAUCUCGACGUCGUACUGCUUCAUCUCCCUACUACAUCUUGCUAAUGAGAGGGGGCUUGUAAUUGAGAACACUGAGAGUCUGGCAGACCUGGCCAUCCGCAAAGACUGGACGGCGGAGGCGAUUGAGGGUGCGGAGUAGAGCUACUGGAAAGCGGCGUAUGAGAGCAUCGGCGUAACGACGACGUGUUUCGACGAAUGAACGCGAAUAUGAGGGCAGGGCUGCUGGAUGUACGAGCAUGGGGGACCCCUGACGCGGAGAUGUACAAGAUGGCGGAUCUGUAGUCCAUGGAGUGGAAAGGAAUCUUGGAAACGCUUGACGACUCGAGAACAUGAGGAUGAAAUGUCGGGCAAUCACGCAGACCCUUUUUUUUGGG